AUGUCCCUCCUGCUCUCUGGCCUUCUCCAGUCCGAAAUUCCUCAGCCAACACGUGAAAUUCAAUCAUCCCUCCCAGAUUCUCCCAGGAACAUGUGCAAGAAAACAGCUCCAAGCAGAGGAACCCUGCCCAGAGGAUCGGAAUCAGCAGCAGCAACAUACUAGUACGCACAGCUGGAAUGAUAAAGCUGAAGGUCAAGAGGUCAAUGAAAGGUCCAAGCCUUUGCCUAAAAGGAUCAGUCAGAAGCGAAUCUCAAGACCCUUUUUCCAACCUUCCAAAGAACAAAUGAGCUCUAGUGAGUAUGAGACAACGAUGGAAGAAGAGCCCCACGGAGGCCUGAAAGAGAGUCCAGAGGACACAGGCAAGUUCUUUGUGAAAGUAGGAAUGUCAAGAAUUAUAACAAUCGAGCAUAGAGGUUGUUGGCAAGGCUUAAAUGAUGGGUCACAUCUCAUUACACAUCAGGGGGCACACUCUGGGGAGAAGCCCUAUGUUUGCAGCGUGUGCAGGCGAGGCUUUACAUGGAAGUCAGGUCUCAUCGCGCACCAGAGGACACACUCUGGGGAGAAGCCCUGUGUUUGCAGGGAGUGUGGGAGAGGCUUUACAUGCAUGACAAUUCUUGUUAGACACCAGACAAUACAUUCAGGGAAGAAGCCCUAUGUUUGCAGGGAGUGUGGGAGAGGCUUUACCUGGAAGUCAGGUCUCAUCACACAUCAGGGGGCACACUCUGGGGAGAAGCCCUGUGUUUGCAGCGUGUGCAGGCAAGGCUUUACAUGGAAGUCAGGUCUCAUCGCACACCAGAGGACACACUCUGGGGAGAAGCCCUAUGUUUGCAGCGACUGUAGGCGAGGGUUUACACAGAAGUCAGGUCUCAGCAGACACCAGAGGACAUACUCAGGGGAGAAGCCCUGUGUUUGCAGGGAGUGUGGGAGAGGCUUUACAUGCCAGACAAUUCUUGUUAGACACCAGACAAUACAUUCAGGGAGGAAGCCCUAUGUUUGCAGGGAGUGUGGGAGAGGCUUUACCUGGAAGUCAGUUCUCACCCGACACCACUGGACACACUCUGGGGAGAAGCCCCAUGUUUGCAAGUGA